AUGCCGUUCACACGCUACGUUGAGAUUGGGCGCGUGGCCCUCAUCAACUACGGCCCGGAGUAUGGCAAGCUGGUGGUCAUCAGCGACGUGGUAGACCAGAACAGGGCACUGGUCGACCGGCCGGACGAGAUCCGCCGCGUCGUCAACUUCAAGCGCCUGGUGCUGACCGACUUCAAGAUCGACAUCCCCCGCCUGGCCAAGAAGUCCGUGCUGACCAAGGCCCUGGAGGAGGCCGAUGUCUUUGCCAAGUUCAGCAACAGCAGCUGGGGCAGGAAGAUUGCCAAGCGCGAGGCCAAGGCCAACCUGACCGACUUCGAGCGCCACACCGCGCUGGUCGCAAAGGUGACCCGCAGCAAGAAGGUGCGCACCGCCUUUAACGCCCUGAAGAAGGCUGCCAAGAACUGA